AUGGAAACGAAAGCAGAGGAGGGGACCACCCCGCCUUCCCACUCGACGGGGCCGUCUGACGAAGGGGGCGAGGAGGUGAAGGAAAAGCGAACGAACAGCAAACGCAUACAUCGACGCACGAAAUCAUCGGGCGCCCUGGUCUCUGCGAAACUGAGCAAAGAUGGAAACGAAGGGGGCGACGCCGCAGCCACAGCAGGAGGGGGCGGAGGUGGGGCGCCCUCGUCCGCCUCCUCUGAGACCGUCGCGACGGACAUCAAAAAGGAGAAGAAGCGGGAGAAGGUCAAGAAGCUCCUGAGCGGCGCGACGCGGAGCCUGGACAAAGACAGCGGAAGCAGCAGCAGCAGCAGCGGGGGCGAGGCCAAGAAAAAGAAGAAGAGCGGGAGCGUGCGGGUGGCACGGGUGACGCCCUCGACGACCAAGGACAAGCUCAAGGAGGCGGCCGAGCGGCGCAAGUCGCACAUUCCCUUCGCCGCCGCGGAUCCGAAAUCGCCGCGAGGGGGAGGAGGGGGCGAGGAGGUGCGAUUCGAUGGCAACGCAUCGGUGGUGUCGCUCACGCAGGAGCUCGAGGAGGAAUGGGAGGGCGCACGCUACUCGGGUCGCGAAGCUGCCACCCGUGCCGCCGCGGCGAGCGGGGGCGAGUCCGAAGCCGACAGCGACGAUCUCGCGGGCGGUGAGGCUGCUGCUACUCCUGAAGUCACAACCGAGUACGACUACACCCCGGUCAUGUCGCCCCGCGUCAGGCAGACCUCGCUCGAAGACGUGGGCGAGAGCAAGGUGCUGGGGAAGUGGGACGACUUUGAGAUGCAGCACUUGGAGUACGUCGAGGCCUCUGCGAGUCUAGAUCCCGCGGUGCGGGAGGCGUUGUUGUCCCCUGAUCAGCCGAUCCGAGUGAAGAAGAAGAGGAGGCAGGAACGUACCCUCGCUCCCUCUGUUCCGGAGGAUCUGCUCAAGUCUCAGACCGAGAAUGCGCCCUGGUUGAAUGCGUGCCUCUCCACGUUUACCAAGGAUUGGAUGGUCAUCAAGCAGGACACCACCUCCGACACUGAAACCAACAUCACCACCGCGUGCGGAAUGUGGCACAUUCGCUGGGAUGCUCUGAAGCAGCGAAGCAGACGCGGCGCGCUGCUGACCAACGCAUCGUCCACGUCGUCGCCCAAUUUGAAGAAAGCUGCCAAGGCCAAGGUCAGGAGGACCGACCAACCGGCACCGAACAUGAACGUCCGCCUCAAUCCGCUCCUCCGCGCCGCCGCUGACUCAGCACCGUCGACGCCCAAGGGCAACAUCAUCCCUUCACCGCCUCCGCCACCCAUCUCGGCCACCGAUGGCGGCGCCAGUGCGUCCGCUCCCAACAGCGCCAGAGAGACGGGGUCGAACCAAGGCAGCGGCGCAUUCCCCGUUUCCGCCGAGACCGCAGGGGCGCAGAGCCCCCUCUCGGGCUCGGGUCCUACGGCGCUGUCGCCGAAGGAGCGAAGGGCUACGCGUUCCUUCGAACGCGCCGCUACAUCUUCGGGCGAAGUCCCCCUGCUGCGGGAGGAGUACAAGUUCCACAUCGAAGAGGACAUCUGCAACAAGCCCUUCGACAAAGCUGUGCUCCAACAGAACAAGGACACUCUGUACAAUUCCAACAGCGAUCUUUUCUCCAGCAAUGACCAGCAGCAGGGUCCAUCCAAGGCUGCUGUGGUCUCUCGGCCGUUCCCUCCGACUAUAUCGACCCGCCUGCUGAUUCACUUCAAGGAGCUCAAGUUUCAGCUGUUCGAACUCCAGGAGCCUCUGUUCUGUACUGCUGCCCUGUAUGAUACGGCCACUCGCACCCGCAUUUCCGAGAGCUUCCACUUCGACUACAAUGGCCAGCUCGAGCUCGGGGUCCCACUGUCAGCGCAGAACGACAUCGAGACGCAGGCGCGCAAGGCGGUGUUCAAAAUCUACCACCCCACUCCCGCAAUCUACCUGGUCAUCCGCAUCGAGAAGAUGUUCUGCGGCAAUGACCUCGACAAGGAAAUCGGCUACUACCUCAAGGCCAAAUACGCCAAGGCCAAGGACGCGGGCAAACUCAAGGAAGAGAUUGAGCAAUUUGUCAAGCACAACAAGUCGGCCUUCAAGCACAAGCCCUACCCCGUCCAACCGUUUGCAUGGGCGGCGGCCCCUGUGUUCACGGAAUCGUACACGUUGCGUACGGACGCCUACAACACGAUGAAGAUCGAUUACAUCGUGCCCAUCGCCAAGCACGGCCCGUUCGACGAUCAGUCCCUCCUCGACGUGGUUCUUGGCGGAGGCAACGACAAGAAGGAGUCGGUGCCGGUUAAGGGAUCUCACCUGAUCACGAGGACCGUCAAGAGUCCUGAAGCCAAGACGAUCGGUGCCCAAUUCGAGCUCGAAGUGCUGCCCCUGGGCCUCGAAGAAACGGUGACGAACACGUACGAUCCGUCGUUCCUUCCUGUGGGCACGACUGAUGAGUUCCUCUCGAAGAACCCCUGUUCCCUUGAUAUUGUGCGUGAAGUGGAAAGCUUGGAAAUGCGGAAGGAGCCUUUCGUCACGUACGUCAACAAUCUCUAUGUCUAUCCCGAAACCCUGUCGCUCAAGGGUGGACCUGCGUCGGCCAACUUCCAAAUCGAAGUGCGCCUCAAAGACACAGACACCGACGUGAACUCCAAAGGACUCCCCGUGGUCUAUGGCAAAUCAUCGAUGGCCAAGUUCAACGAAGUUGGGUGCACCAAUGUUCUCUACCACGAGAAGAAGCCUCACUUCUAUGACGAGCUCAAGUUCAAGGUGCCGGGUGUGCUCACGCCGAAGCACCAUCUGCUCCUGACGAUCUAUCACAUCAACGUGAGCGGCAACAAGGCCGGCCAUGUGCCCCUGGGCUACGCUGUGCUGCCUCUGGCCACAGCCUCCAAGUCCCGCAAGGGCGAAGAUCUGAGCUUUAUCAAGCACGUGCGCGACGGACGUUACACAUUGGCCGUAGUCAAGGAGCUCCCCGCGGGCUACCUGACCGCUCCGCCGUCCCUCGCCAACAAGGACGUGGCCAAGUCGUUCGUGGUGGUCAGCACGCGCAUGUGGUCCUCCAUCUACACCCAGGACAAGCAGCUGCGCAGCUUCUUCCGCAUGAUCCGACCGACCGGAGAGCUGACCACGACCGACAAGCGGCUCAAGCGGCCCUCGCUCAAGAAGGAGACCACCAGCCCUUCGUUGCGCGCGCUCAUGGCCGCUUAUCCUUCCGACGCCCAUGAGAUCGAAAUUUUGAAUGGAAUGGAUCGCGCCAGUGGCGAGGCAUGCGUGCUGUUCAUGCCCCUCCUCCUCAACGAACUGUUCCGCGUGUUGUGUACCCGCGAGAAGAGCGCGCAACGCAAGCUCGCCUUCCUGGGCAUCGUCCACGUGGUGCAGAGGGCGGCCGAAGCGACAGGCGAGAAGGUGGGUAGCACCAAGAGCGAGCUGGCCAUGUCGCUGGCCUCCUACGUGCGCUUCAUGUUCGACAACGUGGAGGGCGGCAUGCUCUACCCCUACGAGCAGAUCGCCAAGUAUUGGAUGGAGCUCCUCCAAGAAAAGCACCCAGCAAUCAUGAGCUUCAAGGGUGUGGCUUUCCUCCUGGAGGUCAUGACCAAGUCCAUGAUCCUCAAGAUCCACUCCACCGGCGAGAUCAGUGCCCGGCCUUUCCUCGAGGCCAUGAGCCAGCUCACCAACAUGCUCUUCGUUGAGGGUCGCGGUGAUGGCGGCCUGCCCUCGCUCACCGGCAUUUCCAUCUUCCCCGCGUUCCUGCGCGAGAUGCUCAAGAUCAUGGACCGCGGCAUCGUCCUCAACAUGGUGUGGAACUACAUUUCUGGCGUGCGGGAUGCGCAUGCGCGCUUGGGCAAGUUCAAGUUCCUGCGCACGCUGUUCGAGUACGACAACUUCGUGCCUCUCUCCUUGCCGCUCCUGCCCCAAAGCAUCCCGACGCUCGACCCCGACCUCCUGCUCGAGCAACACAUGAAACAACACUUCUUCGUGGGCCUGCUCAUUCGGGAGAUCGCCUCGACGGUCGACGAGCCCAAGUCGCUUCGCGCUCAGGGCAUCAACACGCUGCGCAACCUCCUCAAGAAGCACGGCGAUGAGCCGCGCUACCAGUCUCGCACGGUUCGAGAGCACAUCGCCAAUCUCUACUUCCCCUACGUCCUCCUGAUGGUGGAGCGCGCCGACAGUUUGGUGCCGUACGGCGAUGAGAGAGAAUGGUUUGCCUGCCUGAUGUGGAUCUUCCGGCACGCUUCACGCAAUCUGAUCCGCACCUGGUGGAAGAAGGAUGCCCAGAAGCGGCAUGCGGCUCUCCUCCGCCUGCUCACUUCAUGCCUCGGCGUGUUCGAUCAUGACGACGGGGGCGAGGAGGUGGGCCUCAUCAUCGCGGACCUCCUCGUCGAUUUCAUGGGCGAUUUCGAGGACGAGCUCAACUCCGUGAGCAGCGUCUCCAUCGGCGGUGUGUUGACGACGCUGCAUCGGUUGCUUCACAACCACGCUUCCGGACACAACCCCAAGCUUCUCGACAUCAUCUACACCACUCUCCAGUUCGUCGUCCACGUGUUUAAACAAGCGCUGUUUGAGUACGGCAGCAAUUCCAAGUUCUGCGAGCUGCUCUCCUUCGAAAUUUUGGCCCACUGCAACUCCACCGACGCCCUCAUCCGCAGCAAGGCCGCCUCCAUGUUCUACCUCUUCCUCAGGAAAAACUGGGAGACAUCGAGCAACCUGUCGCGCAUGCAGGUGCAGUCGACGGUGGCCGUCUCGCGACUUGUGGGCGGCAUGAAGGACAACGAGAACCUCAACUUCCUCAAGGACUCGCUGAAGGCCAUCAAGGAGUUCUCCAAUGCGAGCGCGAAGAAGGGCAAGCAGGCCGACCUCCAGAAGUUCGAUGCCAGCGUGGCCGAACUCAUCGCUCGCAUGUUCCGUCUCAUUGACUACAGCGCCAAGAUCUACGGGAGCAACGUGCGCAACGAUCCCGAGACCAUUGCCGAAGUCUACCUCCGAAUCUCCAACGAUUACUUCGACUCGCCCGAUCUGCGCGUGCAGUGGCUCCGCAAUUUGGCCGAGUUCCAAGUCAACCAAGGCAAUCCAGAGGAGGCCGCCCAGUGUAAGCUGCACAUUGCCGCGCUCGUGGUGGAAUACCUCGUCGCCAAGGGCCAACUCCAGGUUCGCCAUCUGUCGAAGGCGGAGAGCUUCCUGGACAUCGCCCCCAACGUGAUGAAGGACAUGUCGCUGCCGCAGAUCCAGGACGACUCCACCUUCCAGAACGUGGAGAUCUGGUCCCCCAAGGGCCUCACCAAGCUCCUCAAAUCCGCCGUCAAGCUCCUCGAACAGGCCAAGGCGUACGAGGUGUGCCUGGAGGUGCUGAUGAUGCUGACCACCAUCUUCAGCUCGGAGAAGCAGUACCCGUACCUCUCGCAGACCCUCGAACGCUUCCGCGCCCUGACCGACACCCUCAUCACCGCCAACAAGGAGGUGCGCGUGUUCCCGGUCUACUACCGCGUGGGCUACUACGGCUCCAAGUUUGAGGAGUUGGACGGCAAGGAGUUCGUCUACCGUCUGCCCGGCCACACGAAGCUCGGCCACAUGCAGACCCAACUCAAGGCACGACGAUCGACUCGGGCCUAUUCUGAAAACUAA